AUUGGGACUUAAAAUACAUGAAAAUAUUGAUUAAUUUUCAGAAUGCGAAUGUGGGUGUUGCAUUCGUAUGUCUGUAUGCAUUCCAUGAGAAUGAAAUGUCCGUAAUAUGAUAAAAGCGACCACGUUUAAAAUAUCUGCCUUUUUACUGCUGUUAUUAUUUACUGAACAUUACAUAUGUGCCCAAACAAACUCAAUAAGCAGGCGAUUCGAGCUCACAAUGAACUUCGAGCAUUGCAUGGCUGCCCAAAAAUAAGAUAUGAUUCUAAAUUAGCCAGUGAAGCUCAAAAAUGGGCUGAACACUUAGCUAAAGUGAACUGCUUGCAGCAUAGUCAGGCAAAUGGAUAUGGUGAAAAUUUAGCCUUUCAAAUGUCUAGUGCGGGUGCAUCACUGGGUGGUCAUGAAGCAACUAGAAAUUGGUAUGAUGAAAUCAAUAAACACGAUUUUAAUGGACAGAAUCAAGCUGGAACUGGCCACUUUACGCAAGUAGUUUGGAAAUCAUCUAAAAAAGCAGGAUUUGGUGCUGCAAAAUCUAAGGAUGGAAUGAAAAUUUAUGUGGUUGGGCGUUAUAGACCAGCUGGAAAUGUGAUUGGUCAUUAUAUCGAGAAUGUACCAAAACCGAAAAAAGCUGCACCUUCAGCCGAGGAAUUUAAUAAGAAAUUUACUAGUGAAAGAAAGUGUUCCAUACUAUAAUUCAUAUUUGACGCAGGCAACCAUUUUUCAGUUUCCAGUAAUAUCAUCUUUGUAAAUUUAAGAUUUAUUUUCUGUUCAACCGGGUCUUUUAUUUGUGAAAAUUUUUAUUAUGCUUUACAUUUAAGUAAAUUUCCAUCAUUUUACUGAAUUUCUGUUAAAUUUUGCUUGUUCAGAAAAAGGAUUACAGAGGCGAAAUAAAAAUUACUUUUAAUAGAA